GCAGAAAAAUUUAAUGCAAAUUUAUUUAUGAAUUUGUCGGAAUUGGAGGAUCGCGAGCUGCUCGAUGCAGUUCGCAUUUUUGAAGAUGAACAUUUCGAACAAAAAACAACAAAAACAGCGACUAUUUUACAAAAACUAGUAGCACUCGAAGGAACGAUACAAGAACGAGCUGAACGCGAAUCUGAGGGAAUCAUACAAAUGAGAAAUAUGAUAGAAGCGUUAGUCGUGGAACUCGAUAAAUCAAAAACGGAAAAUGAACGCCACCAAAUGAAUCAAGCAAAACUUGUAGAAGAAUUGUUGUCACUCAAAGAAGAAGAAUUAGAAAAGAAAUUUGAAGCAACAAAUGCUUAUAAAACAAUGAAACAAAUUUUAAAACAAAAAAAUUAUCAAAUUAAACAACUUCGCAUGAAAAAUGCAAAUAAUUCGGGAGACUCAGAUCAAGAAUAG